CAUGUAUUUCGACGAGGACAGAGAGGAGCCGUAUCUGGCUUUGUUAAAGAUGAAGGAAAUGCUGUGGCAUAACUGCAGCCAAGACGAGCUUGCGGCUCUCGUGUCCUUCUUCUUGAACGAACAAGAGGAUCCCUUUGGGCUGUGGCGCGAUGCUCUCCUCAAUUUGAUCUCGAUUAAAAUGUGGAACGUCAUCCGCCGUGGUGAACCUCUAGUGACGUUUACCAUGUGGCUCGAGUGGGCGACCGCGCUCUUGAAUGGACACAACGAGCGCGCUCAGCUCGAACUGCUGCUGCGGUGGCUGCGCGAUGUCACCGAAGCCACUCCGGAUGUCGCCCUUGCCCUCGCCAUCUUCCCACACAUCAAGGGGCCCUUCCAGACGCAGGAGGUUUUCUUCGAUGUCGUUGGGAACUUCGCCAGCAACAACGGCGGCUUCUCCAACUUUUCCACUGAUGAAGAGCUGUACCAGUACGUGCACGAGCUGGCCAAAAGACACGGUCUCUCCCAGAAGGAGAGAAUGGGCGCCGACCCAGUCGAGUAUCAAAAGGCUCUUGACUUGAUCAAGACGGAAGGUGGCAUCUCAAAGUUUGUCAUGAACACGUUCUUCCGAAAGGUCAAAGCCGCCAAUUCAAGCGUCGAAGUCCUGCAGUCGAGAAUGCACCCUCACUCCUGCAUCUCUGCUGAUGGUCUUCCUAUUCUAUCUGAGAAGUUGGAGGAUUUGCAAAAGCAAGUCAUGAACCUCUCCCGCCACCCUGAGCUUGCAGACCCCCCGCCUAGCAAGGAUCCCCCUGACUACCACGACGUGGAUGGCGCUGGAAAAACUAUGGAACAGAGACGAUACAUGCAGAGGGUGCGCAACGCGCGAGCAAAGGCAGAAAAAGAUGGGACUCCUUACAAGCGCCCCUACAAGCCCAAACCCAAGAAGCAGGCAUGCCCUCAACCUGAAAGCAGCAGUUCCGGCCAAUCUAGCCAUGGAACUAAAAGGCCUGCUGAAGAGGAGGCAGGCUCUUCGAGGAAGGUCGCAAAGCGCCAGAGUGCGGCUGCAGAGCAGUCGCAUGCUGAAGAGCGCACACGGCGCGUGUUGUCUCCGGAAGAAUGCCGAGCUCUGAAAAAGGCUAUAUCAGAAAAACUCGAGAAACAAAGGAUGGAAAAUGUAAAACGAUGGGGUACUGUAGCCCCAUUGCCACCUUUGCCAAGAACGUUUCCAAACUUGAAAGCCGCCCCUGGGCCGAUGAAGAGCAGACCAGCAAAGAAGACUGGUCCUUACCAAAAAGGUACCCGAAGCUCCAGCAGAGCUGCUGCCAGGGCCGCCAGCCUCAAGAUCAGCAAACUCUUCGAAGACUCUGAUGCUCCCCCGGGCGCCACCUCUUCACCUCCUGCUACUGUGGCCGCGGCUCCUGAAGCCUCACCAUCUCCGGCAUCGCCGUCUCCUGCAUCGCCAUCUACUGCAUCGUCAUCUCCAGAAUCGCCAUCUCUGGCAUCGCCGUCUCCUGCAUCAUCAUCUCCAGUAUCGCCAUCUCUGGCAUCGCCGUCUCCAGCAUCUCCUUCUCCUAGCAGAGACACUCCUGCUGAUGCUCCAGUGGUUGCUGUGAGUGCUGCCGACCUUGAAGCCGCCCUUGAUGCGGCCGCUGCUGCUCUUGCGGCCACUCGUGCCCCCAAAGCAGCCGCCCCCAUGGCACCGCCGUCUCCGGCCUCAUCCUCUCACAGCAGCAGCGACACCCCUGAUGAUGCCCCUAUGGCCGCCCAGAUUGCUGCAGCAUCAAUUGCUGCUGCCCUCGCUGAUGCCCCUGCUCUUGGUGCCCUUGACAUGGCCACUCCUGCCACCCAUCAAGGCCCUGUUGUGGCACCUGUAGUGUCAGCGCCGCCAUCUCCGGCACCAUCCUCUCCAGGCGGCGACACCCCUGCCUUCGCAGCCCUUGCACCUGUGGCCAUCCCUGCACCUUUGGCCGCCACUGCACCUGUCGCCGCCCCUGCUGCUGCCCCUGCACCUGUGGCCGCCAUAGUUCUGGAGGUGGUCAAUGGUGUUGUGACCAGGAACAGAGCCAAGGUCGACAAGAUUGAUCCCCUUGGCCUGUAUGAGCCCCCAAAGAGGGCGAGGAAGCGCCCUUCUGACCCCACUGCUGCCCCCAAGGAGGUCAAAGAAGGCCCCAAGAACAAGCGCGGAAGGAAGACCAAAGUGAGACCAGUUUCUCAGGCUCCUCGCGCCCUUCAAGCCAAUGGGCAGCCAAUGGAGCGUAGAAAGAGGAAGCAAUGGCAGCCAGACCCAGAUGACAUCUUGCCUGGAGAUCGGCGAACGAACAAGCGCCAAGCUUUCGAUGAGGCAAAGCAAGCCAUCGGCUUCUGCCUCACUCGGGGUGCCAACAUGGCCCUCUACCAUCGCCACUGAUUCGGCUGCCAUUCGCCCCUAACAAGAUGAACUAUUUAGAAAGUAAGACGAGGCAAAUUACUCCUAGAUGCACUGUUUAGAGCACAAGCUGUUCUCUACUUCAAAACUGGACAUCGAUUACAUCAAAUUGCAAGACUGUGCACCACUCCUGUCCACACACCAGCAGACAGGGAAGUUUACCUCUCGAAGAUUCAAAUUAAGAGAGAAACGAGCACAGUCGGACCUACAAAUUUCUCAACCCUCUCAAUGACUUUUAUGUCUUUUGUGGAAUCGGAAUGCACAGCUGAUCAAGCGCAUUUUGGCACCAACAGCAAUACAGAGAGGAUGGCGAGAAUCUGCGAUGUCAGCAAUUCGAUAAGUACACAAACCCGAUUAGUUAUAGAUAUUUUUGGCUGCCGAGUAAUUAAUCUUAUAUUGAGAAGGAAAAAAAAUAGUUUAAGAGAAAAAUAGAAAAAUCAAAAAGAUAUUAAAAAACUUGAAAACUUGAUGUCAAGUAAAAAAAAUUGAAUAUCAGAAAAUUUUUAUAAAAAUAACUAUAAAAAAUAUUGAAAAUGAAAAAAAAAAUUUAAAAAAAUGCGAUAUUCAUUAGGGAAUAGGUAUAGAUGGAGCUGAGUUUAUCACUGUUUAUUUUUUAAAUUUUGAAUACAUUAAUUAUACAUAUUCUUCAAUGUACUAUGUAGAUAUCACAGAAAUUUAGAUUUAAGUUUUGCCCUGAAUUUUAGGUUAAAUUGAAACUGCUACUCAUGUGGCCAUUAGGCAAGGGCAUCAUUCUUAUUAGUUAUUCGGCUGAAGCAGUAAAAUUGGAAAAAGAAAAUGAGCAGAACAAAGUUUAGAAUGCCUGUAAUAUAUCUGUACAGAAAAAGCCCAUGAGUAAAAUGUUAACCCCACUCGGCAGCCUUUAAUCCCCCUCGUAAAUAUUUGUGCUAUAUUUUUGUACAUAUUGGUUUAGGAAGCGGCCGCGCUGAUAAAAGGUUCACUAUUAGUUUUUAAGAGAAGUCUCAUAUCAGACAUUGGCAUUUCACACUGCUUAAGUUUUCUAAGAGUUCAUCACAAGAUCAGUGUGAAUUGCGAGGUCAAGCAAUAUUUAUUUAUUUGAUAGAAUUUUCAACAUUCCAUUUAGAGAAAAUUUAUUUUUCGAGAUAUAUGGGAGAUGUCUCGAUGGAAAAUGACCUCUAGUCAGAAUUGAAUUGAAACUUAUAUUACCUGAUGAGACUUGUUAGGUCUGAUUGUGAUAGAAACUGGAAAUUGCUCUUGGCCUGCAGAGUCACUUUGCCAGCAGGUCGAGCGCACUUGUUGCUGCAAGACCUGCCAGCAGGUGAGACUUGCCAGGUAGGUUUUCUUUUUGUAAGGGCGGAGUGAGAGAUGCCCUGUUGGACGCGAAAACCGACAGACAAUUUGUUGGUGGCGCGAUUGGAGGCGAGGGGCGCCUGAGGGAUCGGCCGGGUAGAUUGAGGGCGAGUCACGUCCGAACAAAAGUUUGGACGGGUCGUAAAACAUGCACCGGCAAAGGUGUCCAGACGAGCGUCGUCUUUCGUAGCUCCGCGAGGCUACAAGUAGCUCCGAGGCUCGAUUUUUUCUUUUAGGUUUUUGCCUUUUCUUUUUUCAGCCCUCCAACCUUGUUCGCGAACUCGAGCCUCGCUAGUUUCUAGUUUCCGAGCAGCGUCCGGUCUGGCUGUUCUUUUUUGCACCGCCAACGUAAAUUCACAGUUAGCGAUUCUUUUUUCAGGCAGGACUACACAAAUCCCACAGGAUACGUCAGACGCACACUUACCCUUUUUCAUUCUGAAAGUUUAAUUUUGAUUUUCAUGAAACUAAGUGUCACUUUUUAGGAAUCACGGUCUCUCUUAGAAAUUUGAAUUUUCAAUAAUUUAAAAGCAAAUUGAAAGUCAAUUUGCAACUCGAUCUUUUCCAUUUUUUCUUUAAUUGCAUAGUGUAAA